AUGAAACAACUAUUAAUAUCAUUUUACCUACUAUUUGUGACCUUAAUCGCAAAGUCGGUGGCAGCUAAUACAGCUGGCGACAAAGUAAACCCCUCCUCUGGCCUUAUCAAAAGAGACGAAAGCGUUGCUAUCAAUGGUUGUCCAAAUUUGGACUUUAACUGGCACAUGAGCCAACAAAAUAUUCUACAUUAUGAUAUGGACGUGACUUCUGUAUCUUGGGUCAAAGACAACACAUACCAGAUCACUAUUCAUGUCAAAGCCGUAAAAGAUAUUCCUCUGAAAUAUUUAUGGUCUCUGAAGAUUAUUGGCGUAAACGGUCCCUCAAGCACGGUACAACUUUAUGGGAAAAAUGAAAACACAUACUUAAUCAGCGAUCCAACAGAUUUUACCUCAACUUUUCAGGUUUAUGCUAGCCCCUCUUCAGACGGAUGCACUGUUUGGAUGCCAAAUUUCCAAAUCCAGUUUGAAUAUCUUCAAGGUGAUGCUAGUCAGUACUGGCAAACUUGGCAAUGGGGUACCACCACUUUCGAUUUAUCGACAGGUUGCAACAACUAUGACAACCAAGGGCACUCGCAAACGGAUUUCCCAGGGUUUUAUUGGACUUACCAGUGUAAGGGAAACAGCGAUGGCACCUGUACGAAGGCUUCAUCUUCGUCCACUACGAAAAUUUCCACUACUACUUCGUCCACUACAAGCAGCUCUUCAAGUACCUCCUUUACGAACGGCUUUACAGACACAUUUACUUCAAGCUCCCAUUCUUCUAGCGGAAUUAUCCAGCAGAGUGACAGCUGGAGCACUGACAGAACCAGCUCAGCUUCAACUACUCCCAUUGACGUUACUACUUCCGUUGAUCUGCAUACUUCAUCAAGUGUAGCCGAUAUGUAUCGUUCAAGAACGUCUAAUGAUGUAACCACAUCAACAGCUCCCAGUAGCUCUAUCAUAAGUUCCACUCCAGUUUAUCCAAGUAGCGCAAGCGACUCAACUACUUCAACCGAGCCAACUAGCUCCAUCGUCAGUUCAACUUCAGUUGAGCCAACUAGCUCCAUCGUCAGUUCAACUUCAGUUGAUCCAACUAGCUCCAUCGUCAGUUCAACUUCAGUUGAUCCAACUAGCUCCGUCGUCAGUUCCACUUCAGUUGAUCCAACUAACUCCGUCGUCAGUUCCAGUUCAGUUGACCCAACAACCUCAACUGAGUCCACUACAUCAGUCGGCCCACGUGCUUCAUCAAGCGUAGCUGGUAUGUAUCGUACAAGAUCGUCCAGUGACGUGACCACAUCAGUUGAUCCAACAAGCUCAAGCGAUGUAACUUCUUCAGCUGAUGUAGCCACUUCAACCGAGUCAACCAGUUCAAGCGCUGUGACUACUUCGACUGUUCAAACUACUUCAUCUGACCCAACCAGUUCAAGCGAUGUGAAUACCUCAACUGACCCUGCUAGUGCUGUUGUCAGUUCUAUUCCAACUGUUCAAACAACUUCAGCUGACUCAACUACUUCAAACGGUGCAACUACUUUGACUGUUCAGACUACUUCAGUUGAUCCAACUAGUUCCGUCGGCAGUUCCAGUUCAGUUGAUCCAACUAGUUCCGUCGUCAGUUCCACUUCAGUUGAUCCAACUAGUUCCGUCGUCAGUUACAGUUCAGUUGAUCCAACUAGUUCCGUCGUCAGUUCCAGUUCAGUUGAUCCAACUAACUCCAUCGUCAGUUCCAGUUCAGUUGAUCCAACUAACUCCAUCGUCAGUUCCAGUUCAGUUGACCCAACAACCUCAACUGAGUCCACUACAUCAGUCGGCCCACGUGCUUCAUCAAGUGUAGCUGGUAUGUAUCGUACAAGAUCGUCCAGUGACGUGACCACAUCAGUUGAUCCAACAAGCUCAAGCGAUGUAACUUCUUCAGCUGAUGUAGCCACUUCAACCGAGCCAACCAGUUCAAGCGCUGUGACUACUUCGACUGCUCAAACUACUUCAUCUGACCCAACCAGUUCAAGCGAUGUGAAUACCUCAACUGACCUUGCUAGUGCUGUUGUCAGUUCUAUUCCAACUGUUCAAACAACUUCAGCUGACUCAACUACUUCAAACGGUGCAACUACUUUGACUGUUCAGACUACUUCAGUUGAUCCAACUAGUUCCAUCGGCAGUUCCAGUUCAGUUGAUCCAACUAGUUCCGUCGUCAGUUCCAGUUCAGUUGAUCCAACUAACUCCAUCGUCAGUUCCAGUUCAGUUGACCCAACAACCUCAACUGAGUCCACUACAUCAGUCGGCCCACGUGCUUCAUCAAGUGUAGCUGGUAUGUAUCGUACAAGAUCGUCCAGUGACGUGACCACAUCAGUUGAUCCAACAAGCUCAAGCGAUGUAACUUCUUCAGCUAAUGUAGCCACUUCAACCGAGUCAACCAGUUCAAGCGCUGUGGCUACUUCAACUGACCCAGCUAGUUCUGUCGUCAGUUCCACUUCAUCUGACCCUACCAGUUCAAGCGCUGUGACUACUUCAACUGACUCAAGUAGCUCUAGCGUUUUGACCCGUUCAACUAGCUUUACUUCGUCUAGUUUAUUCGUUUCGUCUAAUUUAAGCACGUUAGCAACUCCAUACACUUCAUUUGGUUCAUCCAGUACUGUUAUCAUUUCUACUUCCGCAGACCCUACAACCUCAAUUGAGACCACAACAUCAGUUGAUCCACAAGCUUCAUCAAGUUUAGCCGGUAUGUAUCGUACAAGAUCGUCUAGUGAUACAACCACUUCAGUUGAGCCAACUAGUUCCGUCGUCAGUUCCAGUUCAGUUGAUCCAACUAGUUCCGUCGUCAGUUCCAGUUCAGUUGAGCCAACUAGUUCCGUCGUCAGUUCCAGUUCAGUUGAUCCAACUAGUUCCGUCGUCAGUUCCAGUUCAGUUGAGCCAAAUAGCUCCGUCGUCAGUUCCAGUUCAGUUGACCCAACAACCUCAACUGAGUCCACUACAUCAGUCGGCCCACGUGCUUCAUCAAGCGUAGCUGGUAUGUAUCGUACAAGAUCGUCCAGUGACGUGACCACAUCAGUUGAUCCAACAAGCUCAAGCGAUGUAACUUCUUCAGCUGAUGUAGCCACUUCAACCGAGUCAACCAGUUCAAGCGCUGUGGCUACUUCAACUGACCCAGCUAGUUCUGUCGUCAGUUCCACUUCAUCUGACCCUACCAGCUCAAGCGCUGUAACUACUUCCGCUAUUCAAACCAUUUCAACAGAUUCAACUAGUUCUGCUUUAACUUCCACUUCAGUUGUCCCAACCGGUCCUAUUGUGAACUCCACAUCAGUUGAUCCAGUUAGCUCAAGCGAUGUCACUACUUCCACUGUUCAAACCAUUUCAACAGAUUCAACUAGUUCUGCCUUAACUUCCACUUCAGUUGUCCCAACCGGUCCUAUUGUGAACUCCACAUCAGUUGAUCCAGUUAGCUCAAGCGAUGUCACUACUUCCACUGUUCAAACCAUUUCAACAGAUUCAACUAGUUCUGCCUUAACUUCCACUUCAGUUGUCCCAACCGGUCCUAUUGUGAACUCCACAUCAGUUGAUCCAGUUAGCUCAAGCGAUGUCACUACUUCCACUGUUCAAACCAUUUCAACAGAUUCAACUAGUUCUGCCUUAACUUCCACUUCAGUUGUCCCAACCAGUUCUAUUGUGAACUCCACAUCAGCUUAUCCAACUAGUUCUGUUAUCAUUUCCACAUCAGCUGAUCCAAUUAGUUCUGUUACCAUUUCCACUUCAGUUGAUCCAACAACCUCAACUGAGUCCACUACAUUAGUUGGCCCACGCGCUUCAUCAAGUGUAGCUGGUAUGUAUCGUACAAGAUCGUCCAGUGAUGUGACCACAUCAGUUGAUUCAACUAGCUCAAGCGAUGUAACUUCUUCCACUGUUCAAACCAUUUCAACAGAUUCAACUAGUACUGCCUUGACUUCCACUUUAGUUGCCGAAACUAGCUCCUCUGACACAAUCACUUUGGGAUUUCCAACCAGUUCAGCAUCAGUUUCUUUCAACUCAACCACUUCAGUCGGUUCGACCGGUUCAGGUGCCCAAACUGUAUCAUCUAGUCUAACUGGUAUGGUUUUGUCAAGGGCCUCAGCUGAUUUGAGCACAUCAUCUAUUCUAAAUUCUCAAACUGAUCUAAGUACUUUCGCUGCCUCAAAUAGUCCAAUAUAUCCAACAACCUCGACUAGUUCAGCUGCCACAGGCAUCCCCAUUGCGUCAGAGAGUUCAAGCCUCUCUACACACGAAAGGACCUCAAUCACUUUCAGUUCUUCAACUACAGCAUUAAUCCCAGCUGAUUCGGCAUCCUCAACUAGAUCAAGCACAACAACUGUAAUCAAGCCCACUAUAUCAAUUAGCAGUAGUGAUUCUAAGACCCAAGACUCCGUUUCUGGCGUUGGCGUAUUCCACUCUACUAAAUCUUAUACAAGCACAAUUUCUGCAGACGCAACUACUCCAGCCGUUACAAUCGUUUCAGUUGGCUCAUCUUUCCCAGAUCAUCUGAUCACUUCAGACAGAACUUAUACAUCAGCUGACACAAGCGUCACAAAUAUCGCGAGUAGAGUUACUGACUCCACUCGCCAUACAACAUUAGUAACUUCAAACAUUAACAUACAGUCUGGUGUGAACUCGAACGAUUCAGGUUCUAAAGGCACUACCAUUACCAAACCAUCUGCAUUUCUAACUUCUUUUGCAUCAACGUCUACUAUAAGCAGCGUUCAACCAACUACUUCCGUUAUGAAUCAUAGUAUUGAAGAUAAUAUCUCUGCAGCUGCUUCUCUAGAAAGUAUUUCUGGUACCUCAACCAAAGAUUAUUCCAGUCAAUCUAAUGACAUUCAUUUUACGAAGUCCUUCACGACAACCACCACUAACGCAUUCAUUACAUCUAAGCAUUCCCUUGCGGCCGUAUCAGCAGGAGCCCCUACAUCAUCUGCCAGCAUUUCAUUAAUAAUGGAAGGCAGCGCUAACAUUGAAGCAGUAGGAAAAUUUAUGUGGCUUGCAGCCGCUCUUCCGCUAGCUUUCAUCUAG